AUGAAUAGCUUAGAUUCUGACACUAGCUGUAAAUAUGAAGUACUUGCAGAAAUAUCAUUUCAUGCCAAUACUUCAAUAAAUCAGUAUGUCAAGUUAUUAUGCAGUCGCCUUUUGGCUCGAAGUUAUUUAAAUAAAUUAGAUACAAGAUGUAUUAAGCAGACAGUAUCUAAUACAGAAGAUGAGUGUGCAAUCGUUCAGGAGCAGUUUACAAAUUUAAGUACUGAUGAAUCCCAACAACAUGCUGAAUGGUAUGCAUAUUGGGAAAAAAACGGUGAAAACUUUGUAAAUGAAUCUUGGAUAAAAUUGUAUGGGAGUUGCACAUUGGAUGAUCUUCCAACAGACCCCGAAGAGUUAUAUCAGAAUCAUAAGGAACAACAGUAUAAUUUGUUAUAUUGGAAGUUUAUAAAUGAGAUUGGUUCUACUGUUUCGGAAACUGAAAAGUCCAUCUCUGAAAAUUCUGAGGAUGAUGGGUGGAGCCAUACCAAAGAACUUGUUGAUGAUGAUCGUAUUACAAAUUUUGAAUUUCUUUACAAAUAUAAAAAUUUUCAACAAGUGAACAGUCAACUUUCCAAAGCUUAUCAGGCAAUAAGUAUAAUUGGAUAUAUUUAUAAUGAUCAAAAUAUGUUUGAUAUGGGAUUUGUUCAAUAUCUUAAGAAAAACAUUAUUAAAUCUACUCGUCAUCUAAAUGUGUACAGGUUUCCAAAGAUGAGCAAAGGAUCGGCAUUUGAUGAUAAUUUGUUAUUAAGUAAUUCUGACAAUUGUGUAAAGAGUAAAGUCAAAAGGGUAAAACUAGAUGAAGAGAGUUGGUAUUCUGUCACUCCUGAAAUAAUUAGCGUUCAUAUAGCUGAACGAUGUAGUUGCCAUUUGCUUAUUGAUCCAUUUUGUGGAGGUGGCAGUAAUGUUAUUCAAUUUGCUAAGACUUGUGAGCUCGUUAUAGCUAUAGAUAUUGAUCCAAAAAAAAUUGAAAGAGCCCCGCCAACUCUUAAAGGUGAUGUUGUAUUUUUGUCACCACCUUGGGGUGGACCUGAUCGUAUGGACCUCGAAGAGUACAAACUGAGUUACAUAAUGCCAGAGAAAGGUGGCAUAAAACAAAUGAUGAGUUUGACACGACAAAUACAUCAAAUAUGUGCGCUACAUUACCAAUAG